AUGGUCUUUGAGAUGCCCAAGCGCGACCGCGAUGACGACCGCUGUGAAUGUCGUAAUCGCAGCGACAGCCUUGAGCGUAAGAAUACCGCUCGUGGCCGCGAAACCUACGAUCACAACAUCAACCCGACUCUGAUCUUCGGUCUAGACCGCCUUCGUGAUGGUCUCGACCUUGUCUAUGGCCGCAACACCUUCACUGUCUUUGGUGACAUCAUGCAGCUUACCGUCCGGGUCCAUCUUCCCAAGCCUGAAAACUUGAUCGCGCGCCUCCAGGAUGAGGGCUAUCUUCGUCGCGUGCCAGUCGAAGUUCUGCCUCGGGCUGUGAAGGAUCAGAUCAAGGCGAAUGGCUGGUACCAGAUGCGGCCUCAUGAUCAGGAGGAGCCUUAUCAAGGGUAA